GUUCUCCCUUGCCAUCUCAAUAAUUUCUGGCGAGUGAGCCUCUAUGCAAAACGGGGCAUCUCGAGCGGCGGCGACGGCACAUUUCUCACACAACACCGCUCACAGCUGAAUUAAGUCAAUCAGUCCGCCUGUUGCUUCUUUUUUAAAGCUGUCGCGUCAUAUCGCUUGAUUUCUACCAUGGGCGGCGGCGGUCAACGGCAGAUCAGGCCCUCCCGGGUCUACCAGACCGUCACCCACAUGUUAAACCACCGCACAUUUCCCCACGUCAAGGUUCAAAAACCCGUUUGGUACAACGUCAUCGAGUCGAUACCGCCGUCCGAGACCGUCACGCGACCCCUUCCACCCCAGCAUAAACAACCCAACCCUAAGAUACGGAAGCCGAGCAGACUUUUCCAGCCACAAAAGUUAGUUUACGAAGAGGAUGACCUACGAAGCCAGUUCUAUAAAGAUCACCCCUGGGAGCUGGCGAGGCCAAGGAUGAUUGUCGAGAUGGACGGUAGAGAUGCAGAGCGAUACGAUUGGUCCAAGGGGUUACUGCAGCCUGGCAUGCCCCUCUGUGGUGAGAGUGUUGUCCAGAGACAAUUAUGGAUGAUGCAUAACGUGGAAGGAAUGACACAGGCAAUGGCAUAUGACAUCGUACGGAAGGAAUUCUACGCGCUACGGCACGAGGAAGAUGUCGAGCGACGAGUAGCGAAGGAGGAAGCCCUGAAGAUGGGUGCAUACUUCGGCAAGACCGCCAUGCAGGUCAGCAUGGAACUCGAAGAUCAACAGUACGAGAACUGGAAGAAGUGGGCCACCAAACAGAUCAGCAGUGUCCAAGCAGAACAAGAUUCUGCAUACACCAAUUUCGGCGAGGUGGAGGAAUCCGAAGAAGCCAGCAGCGAUAUAGAUGCAGAGGCAGAGGAACCCAUAGCGGAGACUGUCACAACAGGCAGACCUCAAUAGAUGAGAAUGUUGGGGUAUAUUGCGUCUUCAAUGUAAAACUAUUGUAUGAAUCCCUUGUAUAUACCAUCCAAACGCCACGCCCCGAGUGCCCGAAUUGUACCUGGAUAUCAAGCGCUUAAAUUCUUCCCUGGUUAUGGA